GAGACUUCAACAAGAAAUGACUACAUUUUCAAAUGAUUUUUCGAGUAUGCCAUAUCGUAGGUUAUUGAAAAAUUACCCCCCAAUUUUGAAUGACUCAGUUGGACUAUUGGGGCGACUGGCAAUCACGAUUUCUUCCUUCGGCGUCUGCGUAGCGUUCACGGCCUUGUCCCUCUACAUCUCGUUCCUGCGCUCGUGGCUCACUACAGUUCUUCUGGAGGUGGCGCCGCUGUUCGAGUUCUUCCUGCGCGCAUCGGUCAGCGCCUACGUGGACUAGGGAAACAUGGACGCAAAUCUAAAGGAGACCGAGUACGACGUGCUGCUCGUGGGUACAGGCAUGGUGGAGGGAAUCCUGGCAGGGUAAGACAACACAAAAGUUUAGGCUAGUGCUAAACUUUUUUUUUCAUUUCUAUUGCAAAUGAAGUGGCAAAAACACUGAUUUUGUGGUCUUGAUUAUCUAAAGCGCAUUGGCACGAAUCGGCAAGAAAGUGUUGCAUCUGGAUCAGAAUGAUUACUACGGCAGCAACUACGCGUCCUUCCCAUUAGCUCAGUUCCUGCGAUGGACGAAGAACGAGGCCACUGCUCCUCGCAAUUUCGGUGACGAGGAUGAAAAUGGUGAAAAUGAGUGCAUUUCCACUGCAAAAUCCUCAAAUAACAAGGAGAAACAGCAGGUUUUGCCAAUGAAAAGCUCAUUCGAGUGCCGUCUAUUGGAAGAAGGUUUCUCAGACGAUGCCACAAAGGAAGAACUGGUGCAAAAAUCCUCUUCCUUCAGUAUCGACGUGAACCCUCGACUCAUGUUGUCAUCGGAACAGCUUGUGGAGACCUUAAUCACCUCCGGAGUGGGGAGAUACCUCGAAUUUGCUGCCAUUGAACGCACAUACGUGCAUUUCCAGCCUACAGACAACAGUACAGAGCCCGAUACGGUGUGGGAAGUGCCGUGCUCCAAGAAGGACGUGUUCCAGAGUAAAUUACUGGGAAUGGUGGAGAAGCGGCAACUCAUGAAGUUUUUACAGUUCGUGGCUGACUAUGGCGAGACGCACAUUCUGCACGAAGACGUGAAGACCAAGAACGAGCGGUCUUUAGCUCUCGGUCGCGCGUUAAAGAGGCCUCAGAACAAAGCCAGUCAAGCUGACACGGAUGCCGAGCUUGUGGCAUAUCUUGACAAUCCUUUUCAAGAAUUACUGGAAAAACACUUUAAACUUUCUGUAAAGUUGCAACAAGUGGUGGUGUAUUGCGUCGGGUUAGCCACUUUUCCAGCCUCGAAGAACCAGAUCUCGGCUCGUGACGGUCUCGCUGCGGUGUACCGGUAUGUGGCGUCUAUCGGUCGGUUUACCGGUACGGCAUUUUUAGCGCCGCUUUACGGUAUCAGCGAGUUGGCGCAGAGUUUCUGUCGACUUAGUGCGGUAUACGGCGGUAUUUACGUGCUUCGAGCUCCUAUUAACGGGUUUGUACUGGAUAAUGAGACCAGGACGCUCACUGGCGUGCGUUGUAGUGACGGCGACGUGCUCCGUACCAAGCACGUGGUGACCAACGGCAGCUAUGUUGACUGUCUUCGGCUUAAUAACGUGUCUAAACGUGCGCAUGGAGAGCUUUUACGAGGUGUUUUCGUGCUGAAAUCCUCCCUACGUGACGGGAUGAACCGCAUUAUGCUCGUAAUCCCGCCGGAAGACAGUGAGUUCAACAACCCGUUCGCUAUUCAAGUUGUUCAGCUUGAUGUGGGCGCGUAUGCGUGUCCGAAAGGAUACUUUCUCGUGCAGAUUUCCAUGCCGUUACCCACGGAUUGGUUCGAGGACAAAGAGAAGCAAGCAGAGUUGAUGAAAAGUGUCAUUCGACGUCUAAUUUUGAGCUCGGAAGCUGAAAAACGAGCGAAAAACAAGGCGAAAGAAGCGGAAAAUGUUGAGAAUGAUGCGACUGAGCAAAAUUGGAGCGACCGGAUCGCCUGGCGUGCCAUCUUUACUAUGGAUCACCUGGCAUCCGGUGAUAUCAAUGUUAGUGCGAAGGCUAAAGAUCUCCCUAGUAACGUCUGGGUGUGUGAGACGGUUACGGGGGAAUUACAGCAGAAUAAGGGUGUGUGUCCGUUAGAAAUUCAUUUAGAGAGUGCGAGCGCUAAUGCACGCGCUAUCUUCGAGGCGUUGUGUCCCGGCGAGCCUUUUUUGCCCAAGAGCGCGAGUGCUGAGCAAGCGGAACAGGAAGAGCAGGAAAGCGAGGAAGACGCUGUGCUGCGAGCGGCGCAGAAACUCGCGCAGCAGACGGUGACUGAGGGACAAACUAAAGAAGGUAGCAACGGUAGUGAGAGUGCUGGCAGUGACAAGGCUACCGCUGAUGCAGUGGAAGCCAAUGAUGAAAUGGCUAGCUCGGCUGCCACUGACGACCACUGAACUGGUUUAAAAGCACUGAAAACACACGUCCGAACUUGUGGACGGCUUGCCACUACGUUCUGUCAUUACUUGUCCACAUUCACGCGAAAGAAAUCAUCGGUUAAAAGGUGAUUUAUUGCGUAUUGAAAAUAUUAGACAGUGCAACACCAUGUAGAGGUCGUUGUUGCUUGGCGAACGUACGCCAUACAAUUCGGACCAUCAUCGCAUCCACCGCAACUUCGACGUCAACUCUUCUUGUGCUUGGACCGGCUAGUUGAAGAGAUUGAAGUAUCAGUUAAAGCGAAGGAAAAUCUGCUGGUAAACCACAUCCUCUUUUUGGCCUUGGUCAGCAUGACCGAGGCGGUAUCGCAGUCCCACGUGAUAUUCCUA